AUGUCUUAUGAUCAGGAUGAGAGAGAAUAUUUUUAUGCCAGCCGGCCUGGGUAUUCCUCCACCCGCCGGAAUAGUUAUGACGGCCACUACGACCAGGAGCGUCGCCAGCCACUGCCGCAUCUCCCCAUGCAGGAUUAUAAGCACGAAGAGUACAGAGACAAGCCAAGGAAGUCAUGCCUGAAAUUAGACCAAGCGCCUGUUUCUCAUAGCAGAGCUCUCCAGUCACCUUUGCCAUCUCCCGCAUCUACGUACAGCCGCAGGUCAAGCCGAGCUAGCUUCAGCGACUACGACGAGAUACAGCCCUACAACCCGCACCAGCGCGCCUUGACAUUCCCCCAAAACAAGACCAAGGAUGACGAUUUUUUGGAUGCCUUGGCCGAGAUUGACAAGCGCAGGAAGAUGCGCAACAAGACGCUACUUUAUGCGGGCCUUGCCUGCGUCACGACCGUAGCCGCGUCCAACAACAUCUACCAAGCGACCAAGGCACAUAUGGGCCGCCGUCAGGAGAUGCAACAGGGAACCAUGGACGCGGAGGCAGCGAAGAAAGCUAGAACGAAAGGUCUCAAGAUGGAUCUGCUUAGCUUGGGUGUUGGCGCGAUUUGUAUCAAUAACGCCGUCAAGGGAUGGGGAAAGUAUGAAGGAUUGAAGAAAGAAGAAAAAAAGACAGAUGCAGAAUUGAAGAAGAAGAGGCGGGCAAAGAGAGAGGAGGAGGAGUAUUUUGAGUCUCUGAGAUAA